UGCUGUGCGCGUUGUUUCGAAUUCGUGUUGUGCUGUGUGGCGUUGAGGCAAACAACAGCCGUCGCUGUCGCAGUUGGAAAAAGACACCAACCACAACGCACGUGUAACGCGCACCAAGUGAGACGAGUUGCCGUACGAAAAAUAUAUAUGUAUGUACACACUUAGCGGUACGCAGCAACAAAAAAGUGGCAAUUAUAGUGAUUUUUUUCUUUGUGGCUGCCAAAGACAAGUGAAUUAGUAAUUAAAGCGGAGCAAGCAAUAAAGGACGUAUUUUUAGUGAAAAAAAAACAAAGAAACUGUUGUGAAAGUGACCGUUUCAGUAAAAACUGUUAUGAGCAACCAGUUUACCAGUGCAAUUUAAAUCGAAAAAACGCUCAGGUAAAUAUGACAGGAAAAAACUGCAGUGAAUUUUAAAUAUCAAAACACAACUGCUUCGGAACACUCCAACAAAAUAGUAAACAAACGUGUAGUGCUAAAACCCUACAAACCAACAACACGCUUAAACAGUUACACGCGCAACAAAUUUGCCGUCGGCAAAAAUGCAAGCAACGAAAAUGCGCACGCCCUUCGCCAUACAGGAGAUACUCGGCUUGGGUGUAGGCUCGGCGGCUGCGGCUGCUGCCGCCAACUAUCAGCAGGCGCAGCAGCUCAGUCAGCAGCAGCAGCAGCAACAACAACAACAGCUGCAACACAGCCAGCAGCAGCAGCAACCAUUGCAAUUGCAACAACAACAAUCACCUACUUCACAAACUCAGCAGCAGCAACAGCAGCAGCGGCAUAGCAGCACUACAACAAAUUGCACACCACCACCACCCGCCGCUACACCCACCGCCACGGAAUGCAAUAAUGCACCACUCUCACCUGCCUCUUCGCACGGACGCCCGACACGUGAUUCCCGUUCUAUAUCGCCCGAUGUGACGCGUCUGUCUGCAGCGGCUGCGGCGGCAGCCGCUACCGCGCACUGUCAACUGCCUAUUUUUAAUCCAGCGAACUUUUAUGCAGCAGCCGGUUAUGCCGACCAUGCGGGGCAGCUGAAUGCGGCACAUCAUCAUCACAUGACGACGUUGGCAGCAGCGGCGUACCUGCGUGGCUUUUUGCCGCCGGGCUUCAGCACGCCGCAUGAGUUUCGCGGACACUUUCAGCAGCAUUUUGGCAGUCAAUUUGCGGAACAAGCCGCACGUGGUGCCCAAGACUACACAAAUAGCCUAAACAAUAAUAAUAACAACAACAACAACGAUGAUGUACACUCGCCCAACAAAGCGCACUCAAGCAACGGCUCUAACGGCAGCAGCAUCUCACAUAUGUCCGCAACGAAUGGUAGCAGUCUGACGAGUAGCGGCAGCGCCACAUCCGCCAACAACAAUGGCGCUACGAAUAACAACGGCGGCAACAACAAUAACAACACGUCACCAGCAAUACGGCCCACACUUUCACCCGCCGAACAUGCGGCUGCCGCUUUGGCGCAUCAUGCUGCCGCAGCUGCUGCAGCACACCACGCGCACUCACAUCAUCAACAUGGCCACCAUCAUGCGCAUCAUGCACACACGCACGCUCUACAUGGCCAUCAUCCGCAUCAUGCACACCACCAUCCACAUGCGCAUCAUCCACACGCCCAUCAUCCGCAUGCCGGCGCCACACAUGAGGCAUUCCUUAAUGGCGCUGCAGCGGCGGCGGCGGCAGCAGCUGCCAUCGGUAGCGGCAUGGCCGGUGCCGGAAGUGUUGUGGGCGCACCUAAUGGCCUGCUCGGACACGGCGGUGAUCCUAGCGCGUUGCUGGGCGGUGCCGGCCCCGGUGGUGCAGGCGGUUUAAGUAGUAAAAAGAAGAAUAAACGACGUCAUGGCCGUACAAUAUUUACGAGCAAUCAAUUGGAAGAGCUGGAGAAGGCUUUCAAGGAGGCGCAUUAUCCGGAUGUUAGCGCACGUGAGCUACUCUCGAUGAAGACGGGCUUGGCUGAGGAUCGCAUACAGGUUUGGUUCCAGAAUCGCCGCGCCAAAUGGCGAAAAACGGAGAAAUGCUGGGGUCAUAGCACCAAAAUGGCCGAAUAUGGACUUUAUGGUGCCAUGGUGCGACACUCGUUGCCGCUACCCGAAACUAUACUGAAAUCUGCAAAAGACGACGAAUCAGUGGCUCCUUGGCUACUCGGCAUGCAUAAGAAAUCACUCGAAGCUGCCGAUAUACUGAAAUCGGAUGAAAGUGAUCGCGAAACACCGACCUCAGACGACACGAAUACCUCCUAUUCCGCGGGCAGCACACACAACUCGCCGAUCUCUUCAUUUUCCAUAUCACGUUUGCUCUUCGACGCACCAACCAAGCACAAGCGACAUCAUGACGUGGGUAGUAGUGGUGUUAUGGGUGGCGGUAUGGAUCUAGCUAAUGGCGCUAUGAGUGGUCUAGCUGAGCAAGCACAUGCACAGGCGCACGCACAUGUUAUGCAACAUCAUCCCUACAAUCAACAACAACACUUGCAACAUGUACAACAUCUGCAGCAAUUACAUCAACAACAAUUGGCCGAACAGCAUGCCGAAGCACAACGUCGACAACAAGCAGCACAUCAACAUCAACAACAAUUGUUGGCGGCGGAAGCGGAAAUGCAGCGCAGACGACAGGAGGCGCAUGAACAGCGUGUACGCGAACGUGAAGCCGAGGCGGAUGAGGAACCGAUGUGUGAUGAUGAUGACGAUGAAUGUGAUAGGGAAGAAAUUGACAUCUGUGACGAUGUGGACGAUGAUAAGGAUAUUAAAAUGUUGUUGAGCGCUGAGAGCGCCGCAAAGCGGAUCAAGCAAGAGAGCAGUGCGUCAAUGGCGCUGGAGAGCAGAUGAAAUAUGUGUAUUGAUGUGCUGUUGUAAGGGGGGGUGUAGUGUGAAAAGCGAAAUAAUGUUGUUCGAGUAACUCAAGCGUUACGGUAUAAAAAUACUGGCGGAAAUGUGAAAUUUUGAAAUAAAUUGGCUAAGACGAGCAUCUUUGCAUUAACUCAUGCUUGUUUCAUGAUUUUGAAUGCACUUAUGUACAUUGAAGAAAUGAAAAACAAAUUCAAGUGAAAAAAGCACAAUAUGAGCACUCUGUUAAAAAUUCUAUUUCUUAUAAAUAUGCUGUUAAGAAAAUAAAAUUGUUUAUGAAAAUUACUCUCUUUAAGUGGAGAUUUAGAGCUUCAGGGAAAUGGUGCAUAUAUUAAAUUUGCAAAAAUUUAUAAUUUUAAAACAAAAAAUAUCUGAAAACGUUAUUUACAAACAUUAAGUAACAGAAAACGCAUAGCAAGUGGCAUCACUAAGCUAAAUUUGUUCAGUAAUUUUUUUAAUAUAAAUCAAUGCUGAUGGUAUUAUUGCAAAAUUUAGAAUUCUGAAAAUUCACAGUAAUAACUUCACCACCACGUUAAAUUAAAUCGAAUUAUAAACUUCCUUUUACAAUUGAAUUUCUGAAAAUGUUUGCUUCGUCCAUUAACUAAAGCUUCAAUGCACUGCGCUUGAGGAUUUAUAAAUAUUGCAUUUGAUUCACGUGUGAACUGACCUAAGCAAAUAACAAUCGAUUUUAUAUCGAUUGUUUAAACUCAACGCACAUGCAUACAAUUUGAAUAGUAAACAUUUUUUUCUAACAAGUGCACAUUAAAAUAUAAUUUUAAAUAAAUAUAUAACACACAACGAAGCUUUUUUCAUAGAAAAAUUCGCAGUAACAGAAAUAAACACACAUUUAAUAUAUUUAAUACAAACAAACGACACUACAUGCAACGACAUGAUCAAUAAAAUGGCACACGAAUAUAAACAAUAUUUGUAACAGUAGUUUUGAGCAUUUACUGCAACUGUAAAUAAUGCAAAUAUGUAGAUGUACAUAUGUAUGCACUCGUACAUAAGUACAUUUGUAAGUGAGAAGCGCUAGAAAUGCAUUUGUAGCACAAAUUACACCCAAAAAAUAUUUAAAUGCAAUCAAAAUUUAGGAAAUAAUAAUAUUUAAUAAAAAAAUAAGAAAAAGUAUAAAUUACAUUUAGCAACAAAUACACUCUUUCUACUAUGAAGCACAUGAAAUUCGAUUUGAAUUAUUACAAAAUAUAAAUAUGUAUAGCAUAAAAUAUAGAUUUAGUGUAAGCAAUUUCAUUGUGAUUUAAUUUAGUAAUUUUUAGUUUAUUUUACGUUCGUACCCAGUGUUGUAUGUACAUAAAUAUAUAAAUAAUAAUUGAAAAUCGAAAUUUACUUAAUAAAUAUUUAAGAAGAUCUUACUUUAAGCUUUGCAAGUCCAAAAGUGUUCUUUGAUUAACUGGUAGAUAUAAUGCAAAUUUUAUGGAAGAAAAUGGUAUACAAAUAAAACGAAAUAAAAAUUAAAUUGAAAAUAAAAAUAAAAAAGAGAAAUUAUAAUAAAAGUUUAAAAUUAAACUAAU